GGGGCCGCAUGACGUUAUGGAAGGACAGCCAAUCCGGUGAAACGUCCCGGAAAGGGGCGGGGCCUGAGCUCAGGGGCCGCCCCCCUCGUUCCCCACCCACUCCGGGUGUUACUGAUCCUCGAUGUCAAGGAACCCGCGCGUCAUCGCCCUCCACAUCGGUCUCAACCCGAAACUAGGAGCUUCGAACCUCCAAGUACCGGAUCGCCCCAAGCUUGAGCCUAGGCCUCUCGGCUCUUCUGAGAACCAAGAUUCAGGCGUCCGCCCCUGACUCCUGCCCAUCCCCCACAGAAGUCAGAUGGACCGCUCUCCAAGUCCCUCUUUACCUUUGAUCAAAUUCGGAAGUCUCGGCCCACUAAGGAUCGCUCCUGGUUCCUCGGAACCCUGAGUCCAAACGUCCUAGCUCACCAAUAGACUACCCUCCCUCCCAGGGAGCGUUUCCUGCCUGGGGGGAGGAACAUACAGGAUUCGUUUGUUCAAUAAACGUUUUUUAUGUGCAAGGCCCAUGCAGAAAUAAAUUUAACCAAAAUACUGAUUCCAUCCUCAAGGACGUCGCGGUCUGUCCGGGAAGUCAAGCUGUGUUAAGCAAGAAAUAAAUCCGGGAGGCGUAUGGUCUGAGGGUCCUUAAGAGGGUUCCCAAAAGAGAUGCUAUCCAAGAGGCUCUGGUAGAUCCAUAGGACUUUGCCAAGUAAAGAGCUAUUUCAGGGAGAGAGAAUAACAUGGUGAAAGACACUGGUGCCCGAAAGAGCCUAGCUGCUUUAGGAACAAUGAGGAUAGCUUGAUGGUUUUUGAAAAGCAGAUGUGUCGAGAAAAUGCUAAGAGAGAGCGAGGCUUCAAAGGUAGGUAAAAGCCAGAUUCUUAAGAACUUCCAGUACCAGGUUGGAGCAUUUCCAAAGGCCACUAAGGAUGUUAAGCAAGAGAGUAACAUUUGUAAGGAUGUUAAGCAAGGGAGUAACAUUUUAAAAUAUGCCUUUAACUGGCCAAGAUGGUGAAACCCCGUUUCUACUAAAAAUACAAAAAUUAGCCGAGCGUGGUGGGAGGAGCCUGUAAUCUCAGCUACUCGGGAGGCUGAGGCAGAGAACUGCUUGAACCCGGGAGGCGGAGGUUGCAGUGAGCCGAGAUCGCGCCACUGCACUCCAGCCUGGGCGACAGAGCGAGACUCUGUCUCGAAAAAAAAAAAUGUAUUUAAAAAGAUUGGGCUGAUCUGUGUGGGCCGGACCCUGCGGGGAGGGGACAUAAACAGGGAGAUUAGUAACCGUGUCAAAGAGCAAGGAGAGCUAAGCAGAAAGACGGCUGGGGCAGCAUCAGUGGGGGUGGAGAGGACAAACAGAUACUAGAAAUAUUCGGGAGGCAAAUCAGCCGAACUUAAUGUGGGGAGAGAGGAGUCUGGAAGAACGCCCAGGUUUCUCGUAUGAGAACUGGUGGAUGUUAGGGCUGUCACUGAGAUAGGGACGCAGGAAAGAAACAAAUGGGCAGAGGGAGAGGUCUGUCUAGAAUAUGUUGAGCUUUUGAGGGGCUUACGGGAAGAGUGUGGACAGACUUGGCCGAUAGGCGGCCCCUCCGGAUGUGGACUUCCAGGCAGAGCUCCGAGGGGCAGAAUUAGAGACGUCAGUAGCUCGUGGGGGUGGGGGUGAGAUUAAAACCAAGGUGGGAGCAUGUGCCCCAAACCCAGGAGAGGUGCUCAUGCGCAGGAUGGACAAACCAGUCUCCAGCAAGAGCCCGAGGAAGUCGGGUCAUACCCCAUUUUUGCGGAGAUUUAGGAUAGAGCCCUGUGAAACCCCUAAGUUUAGGAUACAGGUCAAACUUAGGAGGUCCCGAAGAGGGCAGAGAAGGUGGGAGAAAAGCCAGGAGGAAGUGAGGGGAGAAGUUACGGGGACCGAAGAGACGAAGAGGAGGCACUCCCUUCGUGCUCCUGCAGACGGCCGGGGAGGGAGACAGGACGCAGGAGCCCGGGACUCCCCCUCACGGCGGGAGGAAGCGGUGCUACUCCGCGCAGGCCUCCCCGUCUCUUCCCUCGCCGCUCCUGCCCCGUCCCCUCCCCGACUGGCUGUAUCCCGGAAGUGGUCAUAAACUGGGUCCCGAUGCCGCGAGCGGAAUCUCGGCGCUCCCGGAAGUGGCCCGGAGGCGGCGCGCCAGUCCCGAGCAGUGCUCGCUCCUGCUCGGGGCGCUGCGGCCCCGGGCGUCGCCAUGACCAGCGAGCUGGACAUCUUCGUGGGGAACACGACCCUUAUCGACGAGGACGUGUAUCGCCUCUGGCUUGAUGGUUACUCGGUGACCGACGCGGUGGCCCUGCGGGUGCGCUCGGGAAUCCUGGAGCAGACUGGCGCCACGGCAGCGGUGCUGCAGAGCGACACCAUGGACCAUUACCGCACCUUCCACAUGCUCGAGCGGCUGCUGCAUGCGCCGCCCAAGCUACUGCACCAGCUCAUCUUCCAGAUUCCGCCCUCCCGGCAGGCACUACUCAUCGAGAGGUAUUAUGCCUUUGAUGAGGCCUUUGUUCGGGAGGUGCUGGGCAAGAAGCUGUCCAAAGGCACCAAGAAAGACCUGGAUGACAUCAGCACCAAAACAGGCAUCACCCUCAAGAGCUGCCGGAGACAGUUUGACAACUUUAAACGGGUCUUCAAGGUGGUAGAGGAAAUGCGGGGCUCCCUGGUGGACAAUAUUCAGCAACACUUCCUCCUCUCUGACCGGUUGGCCAGGGACUAUGCAGCCAUCGUCUUCUUUGCUAACAACCGCUUUGAGACAGGGAAGAAAAAACUGCAGUAUCUGAGCUUCGGUGACUUUGCCUUCUGCGCUGAGCUCAUGAUCCAAAACUGGACCCUUGGAGCCGUCGGUGAGGCCCCCACUGACCCAGACUCGCAGAUGGAUGACAUGGACAUGGACUUAGACAAGGAAUUUCUCCAGGACUUGAAGGAGCUCAAGGUGCUAGUGGCUGACAAGGACCUUCUGGACCUGCACAAGAGCCUGGUGUGCACUGCUCUCCGGGGAAAGCUGGGAGUCUUCUCUGAGAUGGAAGCCAACUUCAAGAACCUGUCCCGGGGGCUGGUGAACGUGGCCGCCAAGCUGACCCACAAUAAAGAUGUCAGAGACCUGUUUGUGGACCUCGUGGAGAAGUUUGUGGAACCCUGCCGCUCCGACCACUGGCCACUCAGCGACGUGCGGUUCUUCCUGAAUCAGUAUUCAGCAUCUGUCCACUCCCUCGAUGGCUUCCGACACCAGGCCCUCUGGGACCGCUACAUGGGCACCCUCCGCGGCUGCCUCCUGCGCCUGUAUCAUGACUGAGGCACCUCCCAACGCUCUGCCCACGCUGACAAUAAAGUUGCUCUUUGUUUGGA